AUGGGGAGUAAUGACGGCACAGCAGCCAUGAAUCAGAAAGCACAGCUGACCGACCAGGAGCACCGAGCUAAAAACGACCACCACUUUAGAACCGAGCACUACCGAUUUAGAUCCGAGCACUACUCGAGAGCUGAACAGUCGACGAGCGGCAAGGCCCAAAUCGCACCGACCUUCCACUGGCGCGUCGCGCUUCCCGCGCUCGUCGCGGCGACGAUCCUCACGUUCCUAUUGGCAGAUCCGCUCCGCCUGAGCCCCGUGGCUCACCUCCCGUUCGACCCGGUCGUCAUCGACAUCGCGCCGCCGCCGCCGCGCUCCGUCAGAGACCCUCUUAAUAGGCUCGCUGAUGCCGAGAUCAUGUUCGAGGGCGAGGCGUUCGGGCCUGAAAGUCUGGCGUGGGAUCUGGACGGCAGGGGGCCGUACGCGGGCGUGGGCGACGGACGAGUCGUGCGCCGCACGGCGGACGGCCGCGCGUGGGAUACGUUUGCGUGGGCGUCGCCGCUACGGACGCCCGAUCUCUGUGACACACACGCCCCUCGGCGCUUCAGUGGCUCUGCCACGUCACAGGAGCUCGGACCAAUGGAAAGGAGACACGCGGCGGCAGCAGCAGCGAAGCUGCCAGCCUCGGAGAGAGUGGCGACCGCGUUCGGCGUGUUCCCCAGCGACGUGUCUCUCGUGCAGCCCCACAUCCGAACCACCGUUCAAGACUCGGUGCCAGGCUCGGUGCUAGGCUCGUUGGAAGGUCCUGCUGGGAACCACACCUCCUCAGACGUACCUUCAGAAGAGCCUCAAAGCACCGCCGCCUCUCUUGCCGCACAGGCUGCCAAUGUAGAGUCAUCACAACAGAACCAACUGUCCCAGCAAAUCCAGCAAUCUCAGCAAUCCCAUCAGGCCCAAAAUUCCCAUCAGGCUCAGAAAUCCCAGCAAGCCCUCCCAAACCCCUCCACGGAGCACAUAUGCGGGCGGCCGCUGGGGCUGCGGUUCCAUGCGGUGACGGGGGAGCUGUUCUUCGCGGAUGCGUACUUUGGCGUGUUCAAGGUGGGGCGGCAGGGCGGGCUGGCGCAGCCUGUGGUGACGCGCGUGGACGGCCGCCCGCUGCUGUUCGCCAACGACCUUGAUAUUGCCGCCAGCGACGAGAACGGCACCCUCUAUUUCACCGACACCAGCACUCGCUUCUACCGCCGGGCCUACUACGUGUCAAUAGUGGAGGGCAGGACGGAUGGGCGGCUGGUGCAGGUGGACCUCCCCCGUAUCCCAUCCCUCUCCUUCCCCUGCCUCCAUCUCUCGCUGUCCUCGUCUCCCCAUCUCACCUGCCCCAGGGACUACUACGUGUCAAUAGUGGAGGGCAGGGCGGACGGGCGGCUGUUGCAGGUGGACCUGGCGACUGGCCGGGUGGCAGUGCUGGUGGACGGCCUUUCAUUCGCCAACGGUGUUGCGCUCUCGAGAGACCAGUCCUUCCUUGUGUUCUGCGAAACCACCACUCUGAGGUAA